UGUCAACAACAUUAGUAGCCUUGCUGACUUUCAAAAUUGUACGGAUCUUCGAGAUUUAUUUGUAAGGAAAAAUAACAUAAUAGACAUAAAUGAAGUGUGCUACCUUCAGGGACUUCAAAACUUGAAAAAUCUGUGGCUUGGAGAAAAUCCUUGUGCAGAUUUCGACGGGUAUCGUCUAGCUGUGAUCAAAGCUCUACCGCAAUUAGAAAAAUUGGAUGAUAAAAUAGUAACUCCUGAAGAGGUAGAAACAGCAAAAAUGAGAGGAAAAUCUUUAAUUCAUCCAUUAGGUUUAAUUCAACAAGAAUUCUCGCCACUCCAUUCUGGCCACAAUAGUCUAGAAGUAUUGACUAAAUACAAACAAGAUCAUGAUGUGGACCAAACUAAAAGUUAUAUUUCUUCGGAUGAACAGCAAAGCUAUGAUGAAGCAUCUAUUGCUGACCUACCUCAAGAUACAGACAGAAAAAAUGCUAAUUUUGAUAAGUCAUCCAUUCACCAUUGUCCAUUUACCAAUCGACAUGCGUAUGAGGAAGAUCUGCAUCAUGCAUCUGUUUGGAUCAAACGUAAUGAAAAAGAUAAACAACUGUCGCAGUUACAGUAUCAAAGGAGACCUAUGACUAGGAACUCAAACAUAUUGUCAGCUGUACUGUGUCUAGUAAAAGAGCUAGACUAUCCAAGCUUGGAGGUUGUCGAAAUGGCAGUGAGAAGUCGCAUUGAUGAGCUGGAUGAAUGAUCCUU